UAGUCCCACAAAAUGGCGGCCUGGGCCCGUUAGUGGUCCUGCUGCUGCAGUUCGGACUGGUUUUCCUCGCUCCCGGACUCUGGGCCGAUGGACGACCCGGGCUGCAGUGAUCCGCUUCAGGCGGAGAGGGAGCGGAUCCGCCGGGAGAUCCUGGAACUGGAGCAGCGCCUGGGGGUGGCGGCCGAGAUCGAGCUGGGCGGCGUGGAGAGCGGGUAUGGUGAUGAGGAAGGCGAAUGUGCUUCUCUGGAGCAGGCUCUCACCGGAGAGAUGGUACCUCAGCUCCCAGACAAUAAUACAGACGAUGAGGGAGACGACCUCCCUGAGGACCCUGAGACCUGCCUGCAGAUGAACCUGGUUUACCAAGAGGUGAUUGUGGAGAAACUGCAGGACCUCGAAUUGCUGCUUACCCACAAUAAGGAGCAACAAUCUGAAAUCAUGUGUGACCUGGCUGGAAAUGGGAUAGAAAAACCGAAAUCCAAGAACCAGUCAGCCACAUUGUACCUGGGGCACUUUCUGAAACCAUAUUUCAAGGAUAAAGUCACUGGCCUUGGUCCACCAGCAAACCAGGACACAAAGGAAAAGGCUACACAAGGCAUUAAAGGGUUUGAUGAGUUUUUAAUAACGAGUUGGAAGCAGAACGAAAAGGAAAAACUAAAGCUCUCAAUUGCAAGUGACGCGACACAGCGGCUGCUGCAGCCCAAACUCUUGAGGCUUGAAUACCUGAACAAGAAGAUGGAACUGUCCCGCCAGGAAACGGAGAAAAAUACCUUGGAGAAGCAGAUUGGUGAAACAGAGCGAGAAAUGGACAACAUCAACCAGAUGACGCAGCGGCAGUUGUUGGGAAAUAGGUUUGACGACCACGACUGGAUAAAGAUUGCCAAUAUCGAUUUUGAUGGGAGUCGCAAAGCUGAAGAUAUUAAAAACCUCUGGCAAAACUCCGAGCACCCGAGCAUCAACAAAACAAAGUGGAGCGACGACGAGGUGGAGAAGCUGAUUGCGAUCGCAGAGCAGAAUGGCUGUGUGGACUGGGAGUGGAUUGCGAGUGAGCUGCAGACAAGCCGUACUGCUUUCAUGUGUCUUCAGAAGUACCAGGAGCAUAAUAAAGAACUGAGAAAGAAAGAAUGGACUGAGGAAGAGGACCACAUGCUGACUGAGCUGGUGCAAAAGAUGAGAGUUGGAAACUUCAUUCCAUACACCAAGAUUGCAUAUUUUAUGGAGGGACGAAAUGGCAGCCAGCUGUUGUACCGCUGGUCAAAGGCACUGGAUCCCACAGUGAAGAGAGGGCCUUGGACACCAGCAGAAGAUGAGCUACUCCUGAAGGCAGUGGCAAAAUACGGAACGCGGGACUGGUUCAAGAUCCAGGAAGAGGUCCCUGGGAGGGUCGAUGCUCAGUGCAGAGGCAGGUUCCUGAACAGUUUGAACCAUAAUGUCAGGAGAGGCAAAUGGUCACCAGAGGAGGAGAGAGAUUUCAGAGCACUGCUUGAAAAACAUGGAGUUGGUAAAUGGUCCAAGAUAGCUGCAGAGUUGAUGGGCAGAACAGAAACUCAGUGUCUCCACAAAUGGAAAUUAAUAUCAGGCAUUAAGGCCAAGGAAUGGGUCCAGGCUAAACACCGGAGAAAAGGGAAGUGGAAACGCUUUAUAAGAAAGAGACAGGAAAGUAGCUCCGAGUCCUCGGAAUUCUCCUCUGAGGAUCUUAAGUUUGUGGAGUCAGAGGAGGAGGAGGAGGAGCAGGAGGAAGAGGAGGAUCAAGAGAGAGCCCGGAAAAUGGAACGGAAGAAACGGAGGGUGAAAUGUUGGAAUCCAGCCGAGUCCAUUGUGCUGGACGUGGAUCGGUGGGUCCCGGUUGUUGAAAACGAGCCGACGCCAGCAGCGAAAUCCGGAAACUGCCAGGGUGGCAGCACAGCGACUGUGAAGAUCGAAAGUCAGAACCGUCUUGGAAGACCCAAAUCUAACAAGAUCUGGGGAAACCUGUCUCGUCUGGGCAGUGCUAUUCCAAAAGCUGGUGAACCAGACAAGAGACUGAUAGAGAAGGAACCAGCCUCUCAAGGUGGAGUGCCAGAUCCAGCUAUGCCUGCUAUCACUCCGUGUCUAGCGGUGGAUGAAGUCCCACAGAAGUCUCCACGAGCCCGUAAGGAACCCAAGAAGACAAUGCGCCAGGUACGCACAGUCAACCUGGAAAAGAAGCUCAUUGCAGAGAUGUGCCGAUGGACUGCAUCAAAGAUAUUCAAUCAAAGGGGAGUUGAUCUUGUACGUGAGAGACUGCUAUCAGCUGGGUUAAGCAGUACACCUAUUUUUGCACUCUUGAUACAGGUGUUCCGGAUUGACAAAGAAGGUUGCAUGCAGAUCAUAAAAGAAAAGAUGAAUAGGGAUGCACAAAGUCUGUCAGAAAAGGAGCGGAGUGGUGACAAGCUGAGGCAAGACCCUUGCCUCCUGCAGCAGGUGAAAGACAGCACCAUCAGCGUGGGCAAUGGACAGACCAUGGAAAUCACUCGCUUUAAACUGGGCUCCGCACCUCCGAAGAAUAAACCAAAGACAGUCCUCGAGUUACUCGCUGAGAAGCGCCGAGCCAAAGCCUCUGCCGCACCCCAGUCAAUGGCGGUACUGGCACAGCUGACAGCCUCAUCCAGCAAGGUGCCCGUUGGUCAAGUAUUGCAAGCAUCUAAGCAAACUCGCCCGCCUUCGCCUGUUGAAGCCAGAUUGCCGAGGAAGAGAGUGAAGCCCGGGAGCCGCUCUUUGGUCCGGCAAGUUACUCGUGGCAAGUCAGUGCCCACACAGCCAACGUUGGACCAAUGCCCACCAUCGGACACCCCAGGAGCGACGCUGCAGAGCAGCCAGAUCCAGCCUGCCGUGUCCUCAGCUAUGAUUGCUGCUCCCGUUAAACUUGGCACUGCCAGCACCCCCCGUCGGCUGCAACCAAUCGCCCCAAUGCCAGUGGCCCCAACCGUGCUGCAGCCCAAUGGUGUGAUGGUACCACUGAUGCUCCCCAACUCCACUGUGCCCAUCAUGGCAGUGCUCACCCCCGAGGGUUUGUUCUAUGUUCCUCCAGGCUCAAUCACAGCUGUACCGAACCCAAACAUCCCGUCCCCGGCCACAGUUGCCACAGUCAGCCAGGCCACUCCCUGUUCCUCUCAGCAAGCUGGCAACGUAGUUAUUUCCACGGUGCCAUCUGGCAGCACAGAGUUGGUGGCCACUGCCGUUCAGGCACCGGCCCACAGCCCCCCUGCAAGCAGUCAGGCAGUAGCUGGUGGCUGUGCCGUUGUUCCAAUGCAAACAACCUCUGGCACCAAACCAGCAUCAAUACAGCCCCUGGCCUCCCCUUCACCAGCAAUUCACCAAGCUCAAGCACCUGCACCCCCAGCUUUACCCCAUAUUGUAGCAUUGACCACAGCUCCUGGGCAUGUCCAGCUGCCAGCAGCCAACUCUAUCAAUUCCACGCAACUUAACCAGGGAGGGGGUUCAUCGCUGCCUGAAGAUUCUGACUGUUCAAGUGCAGGCCCCAGCAGCCUGUCACAGCGUGAUGGAACUGAACCACCCCUGACAAGCUUGCAGCCGGACAAACGCUCUGUUGACUUUAAGCUUUUGUCUCACGAGCAAAAUGCAAUAAUGAAAGACUGGCUUCAAGGCAAGGGUGGUGUGCGGGUGCCAGGCAUGCCCACUGCCCUACCCUACCUGCCGCCCUGUUCCUCCACCCUGAGAGCCUUCUCAAAUUUACUGCUGUACAAGAAGGUGCUGGAGCAGAAUCUGUCAGGUUUCGGGGCUCCUGAGGGGAAUGACCCCAAAAAAAGACUGGAGGCAGCCAGGGCGCUGGUGGCUGAUCGCCUGCAGAAUAACUCUGCCUAUCAGCUCCUGAAAUCCCGAUUCCUUUCUGCCUUUACGCUGCCAGCGUUUCUAGCUACACUGCCGCCACAGGGAACCCGGACCACAGUGGGACAAUCUCGAGGCACCCUUGACCAGGACUCUGAGGAAGGAAGCGAGUACACAGACACAGACGGAGAGAGCGAGGACAGUAUUGGAGAACCUCGAGUGCAGUGUGUCCCAGAAGGAGUGGUCGGGGAUGAAGUGGCCGACAGAGAGUUAAACCAACCCUUCGAGGUCUCCUUCACUGAUCUGUCAUUUGGAUGUAACUUGCCGGGCAGCCUGGAAACUAUUGAGGAUCAGCCUGCCCCAGAACAGCCUACUGCCCCAGAACAGCCUACUGCCCCUAAGAGUGAGACACGAGUCGUGACCAGAUGGAGUCUUCGCCCAAGGAAGAAACGCUGAGAAUGCACCAAGGAAUGGAAACCCCUGGUUUCUGGACUUUCUUCACUUCAGUGGGUGAUUGGAGACGAGCAGUAUGAAGGACAACUUUCCUCAACAGCUGAAUCUGCAUUUAUUAGCACAUGACAGUAAACAACUGCAGGGAGGGAUUAAAUCACGAUUACUUUGAAUGUUCACGCUGAUUUAAUAAUGGCGGCUGAUUACUGCGGCUGACAUUGUGCCCCUGUGCUUGAAUCUUGUUGGUGUUUCACGGAGUCAAGGUGUGAUGAGUACAGAAUCGUGCGGCUCCCUAGACUCUCUUUAAUUAUUCCUUUUUGUAUAAUAUCUGCAGUGGAAUAAAGCAGGUAUUUUAAUAAAGUUCUUUUUUAAAUUA